CAACCGGCUGCUGGACCCCCGCCGCCCAGUCCGUCUUCUCCAACCCGACCGGCCGAGCCGCCCUCCCCCUCCUCCCUCGCGCCCGCGUGUGCCUCGCAGCUGAGCCCCUCCUCCCCGCGCCUGGACUCCGGAUUUCCUUUUCCCUUUCCUUUUCCUUUCUCUGCUCCACCCUCUCGGCCUUAUUACCUAGCGGCGACGACAAGGCGAGCAGCCACUGCCAGGUCUUUUGUCGGCCGACCAUCUGCCUUCGUCGGGCGCCGGCGACGAACAUCCCGACAGGCAGGAGCCUGCGGUAGGCAGUUGGCACAAUUAUCAGAGAGAUUUGGGGGUUGUCAGGUUUCAGCCCAUUUGCAAGAUGCCUCCCCACAAGAUCGAAACCGGGCACCAGGAUGUGGUGCACGAUGUCGCCAUGGAUUACUAUGGGAAGCGCAUCGCAACAGCGUCCUCGGACAACACCAUAAAGAUCGUCGGCGUCAGUGGAACCUCACACCAGCAGCUGGCCACCCUGAGCGGGCACCAGGGGCCAGUCUGGCAGGCCGCAUGGGCUCACCCCAAGUUCGGCUCAAUGCUGGCCUCCUGUGGCUACGACGGUCGUGUGAUCAUAUGGAAGGAAGGGGGCAAACCUGACGAGUGGGUUCAGGCGCAUACUUUCACUGAGCACAAGUCCUCCGUCAGCUCCAUUGCAUGGGCGCCUCAUGAGCUUGGGCUCUGCUUGGCUUGCGGCUCAUCUGACGGGAACAUAUCAGUAUUCACAGCUCGUGCUGAUGGAGUUUGGGACACAACGCGCAUUGAUCAGGCACAUCCAGUUGGCGUGACUUCGGUUUCUUGGGCUCCGGCAAUGGCCCCUGGUGCUUUGAUCACUGCUGGACCUUCUGGUCAGUUUGAGUAUGUUCAGAAACUUGCAUCUGGUGGCUGCGAUAACACGGUCAAAGUCUGGAAGCUGCAAAAUGGAAGUUGGAGGAUGGAUUGCUUCCCUGCCCUUCAGAUGCACAAGGACUGGGUGAGGGAUGUGGCCUGGGCUCCAAACCUUGGUCUUCCAAAGUCUACCAUUGCCAGCGCGUCUCAGGAUGGAACUGUUGUGAUCUGGACCGAGGCGAAGGAAGGUGAGCAAUGGGUAGGCAGGAUUUUGCACGACUUCAAAACCCCUGUGUGGAGGCUGUCAUGGUCACUUACUGGGAACAUUUUGGCUGCUUCUGAUGGUAAUAACAAUGUGACCUUGUGGAAGGAAGCUGUUGAUGGUGAAUGGCAGCAAGUGACCACUGUUGAGCCAUAGAUGUUUAGAAUGCUUGGUGUUUCCAGUAAUAUUGAGAUUGUUAUCUAAUUUUGCUGUAUGAUUGUUUUCUAGAUCUGGGCUUUGCUAACAUCAUUGCUCACUUUCUUCCUUUUCGUAAUUGCUGUGCCGCCAUGGUUGGAUGGCAAGCACAUUUCUGAUAAGAAUGAUCAUUUGCUAGAAUGGAAGCAAGAUAUUUGCAGUCAUCAUUUUUCAGUUUUUC